AUGACCAACAUGAAGCCCUCGCCUAUUGAGAGCCACAUCCAAGUCGCUCCUUUCUCAGAAUCUCACCCAGAUGUAUUCAAAAAUCAGCAGAAACUAUGGCGACCUGGCUCGCGCGGGAUCUUUGGAGGCAUAGCCAUUGCUCAGAGUCUCCGCUCAGCACAGUUGACUGCUUCCAAUGGAUUUGAUGUACAUUCAAUGCACUGUUCAUUUCUGUCUGCAGGGAAUGCUGAAGAUCUCAUUGAAUAUCGUGUGGAGAGAGUACGAGAUGGGAGGAGCUAUUGUACGAGAUUUGUCCGUGCGAUUCAGGGCAAUCGUCCUAUUUUUCUUGCAACGAUUAGUUUCACUUUACGACAAAGUCGGGAUAUGUCUCGCGGAAUGGCACACUCCGCGAGCCUGCCAGCCGUUAUGCUGGAUGAGGAUGAAGUAGCCGAUCUAGGUCAAUCCUGCAAGAUUUCAUCCGCGACUCCUUACAUCAACAAAAGCGCGGGUGUACUAAGAGGAACAUCGCGAAAUCCUCAGGAUAAGCGAUCGCAUCAGUGGAUUCGAGCACAGGGAAAGAUUUCUGUGCCACCCGGUGAUCCUAUCCAUCUGGCUGCAUUGGCAUUUAUGUCAGAUAGCUACUUCCUGGCGGCAGUGCCACAUUCUCAUGAAAUAUGGGACUUUGUCGAGGCGCCCGUCACGGAAUUCUAUUCCACAAAAAAGGAUCUAUUUACUUCACCCAUGACUCAUACGGCAAUUCGACGGCCCCAUUUGGAAACAGAACAUAAAAAGGGUGUCAAUGUUUCUCCGAAGGUUGCCAUGAUGGUGAGCUUGGAUCACACGAUCUACUUUCACGGAGUAGAGAGGUUGCGGGUGGAUGAGUGGUUGCUAUGCGAGGUGAAUACUAGCUGGGCAGGGAAUGGAAGAGGAUUGGUUCAUCAGAAGAUAUGGACCAAGGAUGGAGUACUCGUAGCAACUUGUAUCCAGGAGGUCAGUUUCCUAAGCUUUUUACAUGAAUGGAUUGCCAUGCUGACCGUUCCAGGGAAUCGUGAGACUGGAGAAUGA